AUGAAUACCAGCGACCAGCUCAUGCACAAUACGCGUACACUGAAAUAACUUCAAACGCACAGGUGGUGUUCACAUGGAGGUUACUGGAGAAGCUUUGCACUACAUUUCAUUCCACUGAAGGAUAUUUUCAGACAAAGGAACUGACAGAGUUGGAGCUCCCUGUUUUUUGCCUCCUUCCAUUCCUCAUGUUAUGGAUGACCGACGUUUAGACUGAAGGAGAAAACAGCCUGACAUAAUUAACACGAUCGUCUCUUUGGAAUGAAUCUCAUCUUCAUAUCUGGGUGAAAUGCCGUGACCUCGCCCCCCCCCCCCCCCCCCCCCAACCUCCCACUUCCCCCCCUCCUCCUCCACCGCACCAUGCCAGGUUUAAUGUCCUCUGUUGGUGUGCUGGUGAUGCUCCAGGCUCUCAUGCAUGCACACAGUCAGCGUGCAUUGUUUCUGGGGAUGACGGUGUUGGUAUCAGUGAUCACAGCUGACUCACCUGUUGCAGAUCCAUCUCUGUCAGACUCCACUCUGCAUCCUGUGGGAUUUCUUGGAGAUGUUCCAAGCUCAACAGGGUCAUCACCAUCAGCCUUACCAGCCUCACAUUACACUGCCUUUAAGAGCCCAGACUCACCUGGUGCCCUGCCAUCCAUCUCUGAACCAAACCAUGAAGCUGGGACAGCUGAAACUGUUACCUCUGAAAACUACAAAUCCUUCAUGGCGAGAGACCUCCUUGCAGAUGAGCCACAUCCUCUUCCUACUCCGUCAUUAAGCCCCUCUGAACCUGUGUUGGGGUCUAGUUUUAAGCCCUCUACAGGCUGGAAGGAGGCCAUGACAGAUUCUGCCAAGCAAUCUUCCCCUCUCUCUCCAACGCCAACAAGAUUCCAGCUUCAGCCAGAGUCAAAUACAUCCACAGCAUCGUUAAGCCCCUCUGCGAGGUCAACGACCCCACAGCAAGGAGCAGCACUGUUUAACAACAAACAGGGUGAUGCAUUGAAUCAAACACCGACAAUCACAACCCUGCUAUCUGAUCAGCCUCUUGAGCCGCCUGAUCUGGAUUUGGCAGAGUCUCCAGCAGACGAACCUUACCGACUGAGCCCGAGUAGUGCCCCCUCUGAAGAAUUUAAGCUAGCUUAUGAUAUCAACAUGCAGCGAAACCCAGAGGAGAUUCUGGCCCCUGGCUACAAUGUGCCUUUCAUUGUCCCUUACCAUACAUCACCUUCAUCUGAGCCCACACUGGUCCUUCCAGAUGACUUCUACCCGUCCAACACCAUGGAUCUGGACUGGGGGUCUGGGGACUACUUGGAGACAAUGUCCUUCCUAAAUCCAGAUGGAGAGGACUACUCUUUAGUCACUAAGAUUCCCUCUGACUCGUAUGAGACCGAGGACUACACAGAAAGCUACGAUACAUCCUUCCCCUCCAGAGUGGGAAUAUCACCUUCAUCCAUGCUUCCUCAUUACGUCACACCUUCUCUCAGUGCCAUGACAUCAUACAGCACCAUUGUUCCAACUACAACCAUCAACCCUUCGUCCUUUUCCUCCUCAGUUCACUACACACUGGAUCCUACUCCUGCCGUAAACAGUGAUAUACCUGAUGCAUCGGACAUAGAAUGGCCUGACACCUUCACCAUUCAACCCACAGACGUCCUCUUACCUGACAUGAACAGCCUGGAGUAUUACACCAUUCAGUCUACCAAGGAGAUCAACAACUCAGACAACAGAGCUGAGCAAAGAGGAAACAUAACCAUGGUGUCCAUCAAUGCUACAGAUAUGACAACAACCAGCGGCCUCAGCAAUGACAGCAAAGUGACUGAGGAUGAGUCCUCCAGUGAUUCAUCAGGAUUCGAGCCUCAAAUCGAAUCAACCACAGAGGAGACUCCUCAACUGACCAAUGCAUCUGAGCCUUUUCUGGAUCCCUCCAUAGUCCCAAGCCACUUCCUUGAUCUCUCCUCGUCCACCUGGGGAGGUCAGGUGUCCCCCACGUACUGGUCAGCAUCUACACUGACUGUCGGCUUUGAUAGCACUGCAUCCACAGAGGCUAUGCUACCCACUGCAACGCCUUUGCUGGCAGACGAUGCAAAGUUGUCUUCCUCUCUGACAGAUGUCCACUGGUUCGUCACAGAAUCCAUCACUCCUGUCUUAACUGCAACCGUAGCCUUCUCCCCUCUCCCCACCUCACCUGCUGCCAACACCACUGCUCCUGCACCAUCAACAGACUCAGCUUAUACAACAGAACCAACUCUCAAUGUAACUUAUCUCUUUACUGAACCCUCAUCUAAUGUCUCUGUGCUCCCCCCGGUCUUGCUAAGUGAUGAGGGGGUUACUGAAGAUGGAACUGACAUCCCAGCCACAGUGACCUUGAUUCCAACUAGCAGUGAAGCUAUUACAGUUUCUGCUGUGCCCACAACUAAAUCUGCCACUACUACUUCUCAUCAAGCCACAGCUAUAGCUACUGCCACCACUGAGGCCUCAGCAAGCGUCAACAUCAUCGCAACGACCAGGGAAAGGACCACAACCACAGCGACGACAUCGAGGCAGUACCUCUGCAGCCCAGAGAAACCUGCUUAUUUAGUGAAAAUAGGUUUCCCUUCUGCAGCCACUGUUGGUUACGCCAAAACACAAGUGAGGGACAUACUGAAAGUGGAAUUCAACAAGUCAGUGGAGCUGCAGGUUGUGGAUCCACCACCAAAGUUUACGUUCCGGGUGGUGUCUGGUCCAGUUGUAUACACAGCCAUAUCUGUCAUCAACGCUCUGCGGAGGUCUGGGCGCCGCUUCCUGUCUGUGUCUCCCAACUGGACAACACCAGACCGUAAAUUUCAAAUCCACACAGUGCUGCAGUUUGUCCCCAGUCACAUAGAUGUGCGCCUCUGCAACUUCAGUGAGAGCAUUGAGAAAGGUUUGACCAUGGCCUUUGCAGAGAUGCGUCGACGCUCAAGGGAGUCAACGAACUUCACUGUGCAGAUUGUAAACAUCACCACGGCUGCUCCUAAAUAUCAGGAUCGACAGCCAGCAAGGCAGCCGGUGGACAUCACCUUCACUGUUCGGGGGUCAAAAGGUUAUCUGAUGGGGUCAGAGGUCAGCAAUGCUCUGAUGAAGUUCACAACAGUGGAAUUCAGCUACUACAUGGGCUUUCCUGUGCUGCAGAUUGCUGAGCCUUUUCAUUAUCCAGAGUUGAACACCAGUCAUCUGCUCCGCUCCUCCUGGGUUAGAACAGUGCUCCUGGGUGUGCUGGACCAGAAAGUGGGUGAGAGGACUUUCCAAGCUAACAUGGAGCGCAGGGUUGCCAUUAUACUCGGGGAGGCGAUGGGAUUGGUUAGACGUGUUAAGAGAGCCACCGCUGUUGGAAACAGCAGUGUUCAGGUUGUCAGUGCGAGCCGGCUGAUGGGUGCAGACAAUCCUCUGGAGGUUGUGUACUUUGUAGAGGGUCCCAGUGGUCAGAGGAUGCCUGCAGAUCAAGCGGCAAACAUUCUCAACAGCUUAGACGUUCAAAGAGCUGCCAUCGUGUUGGGGUAUCGCGUCCAAGGCAUUCUGGCACAGCCUGUGGAGAAGGUAGCAGCCGCCCCCUCUGAGACUGAGAACACCAACGUUUGGAUCGUCGUCGGGGUGGUGAUUCCCCUCAUCGUGGUCAUCGUCAUCAUUUCCAUCCUGUACUGGAAACUGUGUCGUACGGAUAAGCUGGAGUUCCAGCCGGACGCCAUGACCUCCAUCCAGCAGAGACAGAAGUUGCAGGCCCCCAGUGUGAAGGGCUUUGACUUUGCCAAGCUGCACCUUGGCCAGCAGAGUAAGGAUGAUGUCAUGGUGAUCCAGGAGUCUGUCCCGCCGGGGCUGGGCCCUGGACAGCUGCCCACGUCCAUCAAAGACGGCUUCAGUCUAUCUGAGAACGGAGAGAUCCCGACCCCGGUGUCCAAAGCUUCAAUCAACUCCACAAAGGCCUCACGCAGCGGCAGGAGGAGAGAAAGGAUCUCGCCCUCAGAUGGUGACUCAGUGGUGAGUGACCAUUCAAGUGAGCGGGACUCAAAUGAGGAGAACCUGAGAGGCCAUGCCACGCCCAACGACAGCAAGCAGACCCGCAAGGUCCCCAUCAAUGUUUUAAAUGGUCCUCCUCCCAUGAACGGUACAAACGAGCAUCUGUCCUCGGCGUCCAUCUUUGAGCAUGUUGACCGGAUGUCUCGUGCCACAGAGGCCAGCAGGAGACUCCCCAACAAAAUCCAGCUCAUCGCCAUGCAGCCCAUGGCCGUCCCUCCUCUCCACAGCCCCCCAAUCAACGGCAAGCUGCCCGACACCAACCACAUCAACAAAGAGAUUCAGGUGGCUCUGAGGCACAAAUCAGAGAUUGAACACCAUCGCAACAAGAUCCGUCUGCGUGCCAAGAGAAAGGGUCACUAUGACUUCCCUGCCAUGGAAGACGUGAACGGUGGCCUUGGUGACACAAAAGACAGAGAUCGCAUCUACCAGAAGGCUCAGGUUCAGAUCGAUAAGAUACUGGACCCAGACGCUCAGAUGCCUGCCAUCUUCAUGCAUUCCAAGAAAAGUGUUCGAGGGAGGCGUUCCCCCAAACAGAGGAUGAAGGAGCAGCUAAAUGGAGGCAUGAUGGAGGCAGACAAAGACCAGCUGAUCACAGACGACAGUGACGCUGCUUACAGAAAGUGUCCUGGAGUCAACAACGUGGCCUACGUGUCUGAUCCUGACCAAGCCCCAGGAUCCCCUCACAGGAGCCCCUCCCCCACCGACGAUGUCUUCCUCGGUCCCGCUUCCUCUCCUCCAGGCCAUGCCCCUCCCCCACCGCCCUACAUGCCCCCACAGCCCUCCAUCGAGGAGGCCCGGCAGCAGAUGCACUCUCUGUUGGAUGAUGCCUUUGCCCUCGUGUCACCCACCUCUCAGGGCAGCACAGCGGGGAUCACUCUCCCAGGGGUCAACAACAACAACAACCCACCCAGCUCCAGCCCUCCUGGACGUGGUCCUAGACCAUGGGGUCCUUCGUACCAAGCCCACGGUCCUUUCAAUGGAAGGUUCACUGAGCUUGGCAUGCCCCCCUCCUCUGUCCAAGGCCUGACACCAAGGCAUGGCCUUGGCUCCAGCUACCUGCCACCAGGAGAACCACCUGGCCAAUGUGAUCCCAUCCAGCCAGACAGCCUGUACUCCAGCAGGGGGCUCUACUCCGACGAGCUCCCCUCAUCUGCCAGACCGAGGCCUGUGGGGGGAACGACAGGUGCCCAGCUCCAUCAUCUUGCACAGGUGGGAUUGUCAAGUCGGCUGAAUGGUUACCCAGCGGGGGGCAGGGCUGCUCCGGGCCAGAAUGGAGGAAUCGGCUGGAACCACUACCAUGACGAGAAUUUCUCCAGGACAGAGCCUGAAAAAGAGUUCCUGGACUGUCCUGACUACUCGUCCUCUAUGUUCCAGACGCCCAGAAGUAUCAUCAGGGAGUCCUCUGCACCUCCUGCCCACCUGGACACCUCAGGUGUGGGCUAUCUGUCAGCCCCGCCUCCUCUUGAUACAUCUCCUCCUACCCACUCCUCCGCCUCCCUGAUCAAGGCCAUCAGAGAGGAGCUGCUGCGUCUCUCGCAGAAACAGGCGGCCGUGCCCAGCUACCACAGCUGAAGCCUCGUCCUGUAACCAGUCAUACCACUGACCCUGCCUGCCUGCUUCGCCUGUUCUCACAAUACUUCCCAUGGAAGUCCCUGAGGGUGCACAGCAGAGAGACAGAACUGCUAAACUGAGGUGAGAGGAGGGAACAGAGAUUUGUACCAGGAGAGGCUGCCCUAAUGAAAAACUGAAGAACAGGAUGGUUUAUACGGCUCUAAACCAGAGUACAGAAUCAGAUCUGCUGCAAUUUAUCAAAGAAAGACGAUGCACCAGAGGGAGGAGAAGAAAAUAAACAGUAGAUGCUUGACCUUUUUAAUGGCACACGAUGUGGCAUGUCUGGACUCAUGGACCAUGGAAGACUCAUGGCAGGUUCUGGACAACUUCUGGACUUGAUUGAGACUUUGCUGGUUUCAGCUGUACGCAGUUUUUGCAUCAUAGUAUCAUUCUCAUGCUGCCUUCCCUCAACAGAAAUCCCCCUUAGGUCCUCUUCAUUUUUAACGCUACUGAAACUACCACACAAGUAUUUGUUUCUUUCCAGUGCUGGCUCUUAAUGAAACUCCUUCUCACCAUCAGGUGCUACGUCCUGUUUUCUGCCAUGAUGAGCCACUCUAUGCCUUGACACUGUGAUGUAGUUCACCUGACCGUGUCUACUCUACGAGCCUACAGCGAGGUCAUAGGUCACAGCCAGCGAGCCAGGUCAGACGUUAGGCACAGAGGAGCACCCAUAGAGACUAACAACACUCUUACACACUACCUAUUCUUUCUGUAAUUCCUGCAGAAGCACAGAGUUAGUCUAAAUUCAUACUUUUUGACCUCUUUGCGUACAGUAAUUACUUAUUCGUGGUCAACUUGCAUUUACUUCUUGUGUUUUUUAUUAUGCUAACAAGCUAACAGACUGAACGUGAUACAUGAAAUAAUGGCCUUUAAUCACAUGAAGCUUCUAUAGAGGCGGGUGUAAGACCACUGGCAGUAUAUAAAGAUGGACGACUCAUCUCGAUCUUCUCCUGUUACACAAGAGUGAAGCCAAAAUAUGACCUUGUCAGGGGAUGACAUAUUGCUGCAGUUCCGAGAGUCUGUACUGUAUCUGUUCUCGGGAGUGCAGCAUCAAUGCCCCACCUCCUCCUUACCAAAACAAGUAUUUAACUUAACAUUAGAGCGUUCACGCUCCCUCAGGCUGGCCCAGCCCAAGCGCCAACCUCUGUUCCAAAAAUAUGAGUCCAAUGCGGAAGUGUUAAAAACUGCAGUUCAUUGAGGAUCCGCUUGAGGCUGGCUCCGGAAGUACCUGAAACCACAUACA